AAUACCAGCCAAGUAAAAACAUUACUCAUUCAUUCCAUCAUUCCACAAAAACAACACAUUCUUGAUUCCUAGUCCCAACAAAAAAUGAAGAAAACCUCAACAUAUGUCACCUCUCUCCCUCUUCAUAUUCUUCUCCUCUCUUGUUUCCUUCUUCAUCUCACUCAAUCCUUCCCUCUUUUAAAGGAUGAUGAUUUGGUCGACCAGAUAUGCAAAAAAACACCCUUUUACGACCUAUGCAGCACCAUCUUACACGCCAACCCUCUAUCUCCCACAUCUGAUCCUAAAGGCAUGGCUCUCAUAAUGGUCAACGACCUCUUGGCAAAUGCUAGUGACACUUUGAGUUACAUUGAGGAGCUUAUCAAACAAACAUCAGACAAAGAUUUGGAGCAACAGUUGGCUUUUUGUGCUGAGUCAUAUAUUCCUGUUGUGAAGUAUAUUAUUCCACAAGCAGCUGAAGCUAUAAGCCAAGGUAGGUUUGGGUUUGCAAGUUACUCUAUUGUUGAUGCUGAGAAGGAGAUUGGUGCUUGUAAUAAGAAAUUCUCAGGGUCUAGUUCAGUGUUGGGUGAUAGGAAUAGUAUUAUGCAGAAGCUGGUGGAUGUUGCUGCAGCCAUUGUAAAACUAUUAUUAAAUGGUUGAUUUUGUUUAUUCUUGCUAGCAUUCAAAUAUUCAAUAAAUAAAUAUUUUGGAUUAUGGAUUA